AUGAUACGAAUGCCAAAAAGCUCAUUCGAAUGUGAUUUUCAAAAAUUAACCGCUUUUCAUAACAUUGUAGGUUCAGAAAUUGGAAAAAUUACAAAAAUAAAAGUGUCCGAUUGCGAAGAAUCAUCUGAGAUAUGCCUUUUGAAACGUUUCACGAACGCAACUCUCGAAUUGGAAUUUGAGCUUAUUGCUGGUGAUAUUAUUAACGAGGUGCAAACGGUUGUAAAUGGAAUUCUAUUCGAUGCUGAAAUCCCCUUUCCGUUAGAAAAUCCAAAAGCUUGUUUGGAACAUGGACUUUCUUGCCCCUUGAUCAGACAUAAAAUCCACACAUUUCGCCAAAGUCUUCCCAUUAAAAUUUAUUAUCCACCGGUGAGUGUCACUGUAAAGUGGGCUAUAAAAGAUGUCAAAUCCAGCAAGACAUUGAUAUGUGUGCUUAUCCCGGCUCAGAUCACUUUGUUCUAGAUUGACAUGAAAUAUUUGAAAUCAUAAAAAACCUUUUUCAAUCCUUGUCUAAAAUGUUUUUUUUUUUUAUCACAAAAUUG